AUGACAGAGAGGCCGAAGUCGACAUCUCUCUCCGACUCGGGACGACCUGAUUCAGGAACCGAUCCAGUAUUCGAACUGCUGGCUACUGAGGACUUUGCUAAUUCUCUGCGUCGUCCCCCUUCCACCCUUUCUAACACCAUUCUGGACACAGUAUACGGUAGCCCGAUUCGACCGUUCUAUGUCAGCUCACUCACUCAUCAAGCAGCACCACCUCCGAUCUCCGUCCGUCUGCGUGGAACGAGGCUUGAUCUCCGGGAAGAUCAGGCACGUGCUGUCCAGAUGGGAACUGAAAACCGACCGAUUCUUGCUGUUCAGGCGGCAUAUGGAACUGGGAAAACCCUCGUAGCAGCCAUCAUUGCGGCCCGUCUAGCUACUCCUGGAAACCUCCUCGUCGCUACUGCUACAACAAACGUUGCUGUUGCACACCUUACUGCAACACUGUUAGCUCUUAACGACUACCAGGAUCUAAGAGUGCUACGUUUUGUUGCAGACACUUCACUCCAAGAGGGAGCACCAACUACUCCCGUUGACUUGCAUCGCGUUCUUAUGGACCUUGUGGCCACUUAUUCCGACACUUUAUCGCAACGCGAGAUCUACCAGCUCCGACAGUACUCCCAGGAAGGCGGAGCCGCGACGGAGCGAGGACGAUGGGUAUUGUAG